AUGGAACAGAACGUGCAUCAGGCGCAGAUGCUGCAAAAGCUUAUCCUCGCUAUGUCUUCUUCUACGUCCGCGGCACUAGCAAUGGUCAUUACCAUCGCCACUGUUAUCUACGGAGGCUUGCAUCUAAUCCUUCACCUCACCCAAGAUGCAAGAGAGCCGCCACCUGUUCCAGCUUUGGUACCUUUCAUCGAGCCCAUGGUUGAUCUUUCGAGGAAGAAGAGCAGAUAUUACACCGAGCUCUGUAACACCGCCAACGAUAUCCUCAACACGAACGUGAAUGGCGACGAGGGAUUCUGGGGUUAUUCAGUCACUCACUACAAAGCUAUACACCCGCCACUGUUUCCCGGUCCAGGGCUGGACGCGAUGAACCGCGUCAUGGCACGGAAGAUAACUUCAUCCUUGGAAAGCAUACAAUCGUCGGAAGUCAUUAGACUAUUCGACUUUAUCAAACGAGAAAUUACUCUUGCAACGACAGAUUCAGUUUACGGAGACCAAAACCCUUUCCGGGAUCCAACCAUUGUAGAGGCUUUCUGGGAAUUUCAAGAAGGUGUAAUGGGUCUUCUUAUGGGCUUUCCCCAGUCUUUUGUUCGAGAAAGCUUCAAAGCCCGAGAAUUUAUGACCAAGCGCUUUGUGAAAUACUUCAAUGACGGCGGCCACGAAAAAGGCUCAGCGCUCAUCAAAGCUCGUUACGAGCAUAGCAUAGAGCAUAAGAUACCGCUUGAAGAUAUCGCAAGGUUCGAAACAGCUGGCGCGAUUGCAAUACUUACCAACACUUCGCCCGCCUGCUUCUGGCUCGUUUACCAUCUCUACUCAAGCCCGGGUGCCCUCGAGGACUGUCGAAAAGAGCUCGGCCAGAUCUUGUCUGCGACAUCGCACGAAAAGCGUGAAGGUGCGUUUGACAAAACAAUCACACUGGAUCUCACUCAAGUCAAGACUUCCUGUCCCAUCUUGCUUUCUAGCUUGCAAGAGGUGUUGAGACUUCACUCAGUUGGUAUCUCCACGCGGUUGGUCAUGGAAGAUCAUGUCUUAGAUGGGAAAUAUCUCCUCAAAAAAGGAGGAACUGUCAUGAUCCCAGCACCCGUGCAACAUCAAGAUGCCGCUAUCUGGGGUGAGAACGUCCACUCGUUCGAUCACCGCCGCUUCCUGCCAAAUGAGAAACGUUCGAAUCCGGUCGCUUUUCGUGGCUUUGGCGGAGGAACUACGCUCUGUCCAGGUCGACAUUUUGCAAGCACAGAGAUCUUUGCAUUCGCUGCAUUGCUGAUCCUACGCUUUGAUAUGCAACCUUCGGGUGGCACAUGGAAAGAGUUGACUACGAACAAGGCGAGCCUGUGGGAGGUAACGCCUCGGCCCGAUGAGGACGUUCUCGUCAAUCUGGUUUCGAGACCUGGGUUUGACGCGACCCUCAAGUGGGAGAUUCUUGUUACCGACUCAGAUAAGAUGAUGCCACUUUCGGCUGAAGAUGUUGACGCUCUCAGGCAGCCGAAUUAG